AUGAAGGAGUUUUGUAACAGAGUUUCCAAUGAUAUAAAAUGGUCUGAGCGCCUUAAAAAGAAAUUUCCGAAUAGGAUCAAAACUCUUCGAUAUGAAGAUAUUUCUGAAAAACCAAUCAAAGCCACUGAGAAUUUAUAUGAAUUUCUUGGCUUAAAAAUCAGUCAAGAUAUCAAAGACUACAUUUGGAAAAUCACUUCAGCUGGGCUUCCAGACAACUGUGUUAUCUGUACAACAAGAAACAAUUCCGUUGCCACUGCUUAUAAAUGGAGGCAUCUAUUGGAGCAUAGCUUAGUGAAGAUUAUUGACAACACAUGCUCGGAUGUCUAUAAACAAAUGGGUUAUGUCCCUGUGAAAAAUAUAGCAGAACAAAGUAACUUGAAAAUUCCAGUGAAAAUCCCAAUGAAAUUUGAACCUUAG